AUGGAGCCGGAAAGGGGUGGGUCCGGGAGAGUCACAGACGGUCAGCAGCAAGUUCUUGAGAUGUCCGCCGUUGAUCUUCAUGGUGACGAGGAGAUAUCAAUGGAAGAUGGACAGCGAGGGGAUGAGCCUGCACCUGUCAGCGCCGUACGGGAGAGAGACUCCAAGCUCGAGCUUUUCGAGAGCGACCCUCUCGUCGAUGCGGUCGGCGUGAGAAGGAUGGCUGGUGAGCAUCCCAUGAGUCCUCGUGACGGCGAUGAGAUGCACGUUCACCGAGGCUCCGACAGGAGCAUGAAAGUAGCGAAGCUGGGUACACUGACCGGCGUGUACAUCCCGUGCGUUCAAAACAUCCUCGGGAUUAUCUUCUACAUUCGUCUUUCCUGGAUUGUGGGUAUUGCGGGAAUCGGGCAGAGCCUGCUGCUGGUUGCGCUGACGUGCCUCAGCACGGUCCUCACGGGCUUCUCCCUCUCUGCCAUUGCCACCAACGGCGCCAUGAAGGGAGGCGGGCCGUACUACCUGAUAGGGCGAGCGCUAGGGCCUGAGGUGGGAGUGAGUAUAGGGCUUUGCUUCUUCCUCGGCAAUGCAGUCGCUGGCUCCCUAUACAUUCUUGGUGCGGUCGAAACGCUGCUGGAUUGGCUCCCCCAGAUGUCUCUCUUUCCACCGGAGCAGGUGACGUUUGGCGUGAACGCAACGACCAACUCAACAGUGGAGCUGGCGUCGACGGCGGACAUGCAGGUGUACGGAGUCAUUGUCACCGUCGUGCUCUGCAUCGUGGUGCUGGGGGGCGUGCGCGUGGUUGUGCGCGUGGGGCCGCUCUUCCUCAUCCCCUCCAUCCUCGCCAUCCUCUGCAUCUUCAUUGGAAUCAUCGUUGCUCCCCGCAGCGGCAGCCCAGAGGGGCUGACUGGGCUGAGUACGAGCACCAUGUCAAGCAACUGGGCGUCAGACUAUCAGAAGACCAACGCCAACGGCAUUCCUGAUGAAAACGGCAACUUCAACUGGGACUUCACUCAGCUGCUGGGUCUAUUCUAUCCCGCAGUCACGGGCAUAAUGGCGGGCAGCAACCGGUCGGCAUCGCUCAAGGACACACAGAAGUCUAUUCCCAUCGGGACGCUGUGGGCCAUCGGCACCACCACGCUGCUCUAUGUGUUCGCUGUCCUCAUGUUCGGCGCUGUGGCGCUCAGAGACCUGCUGCUCACUGACCGGCUGCUGACAGCCACACUAGCCUGGCCGUCACCAGCAGUGGUGUACAUCGGCAUCAUCCUCUCCACCCUCGGCGCCGCCAUGCAGAACCUCAUGAGCGCGCCACGCCUGCUCACAGCCAUUGCCAACGAUGACAUUCUCCCCAUCCUGGACUGGUUCAAGACAGACGACGGCCAGGAGCCCUACCUCGCCACGCUCUGCACUCUCCUCAUCUGCGCCGGCUUCGUGUGCAUUGGAGAUGUGGAUUAUGUGACGCCGGUUAUUACCAUGUUCUUCCUGCUGUGCUACCUCGGGGUGAACCUGUCCUGCUUCCUGCUGGAUCUGCUGGAUGCGCCCUCAUGGCGCCCGAGGUGGAAGUGGCAUCAUACGCUCACUGCCCUGGCAGGAGCCAUCCUCUGCGUUGCGAUCAUGUUCAUGAUAUCGUGGUUCUUCACGCUGCUGUGCCUCCUGCUAGCAGUGCUCAUCUACUACUACGUCAGCCUCAAGGGCAAGGCCGGCGACUGGGGCGACGGCUUCAAGUCCGCCUACCUGCAGCUCGCCCUGCGCUCCCUCAAGUUCCUCGGAGCGAGUCAGGUGCAUCCCAAGAACUGGUACCCCAUCCCGCUCAUCUUCUGCAAGCCAUGGGGAAUCCUCCCGCCCGACAUGCCAUGCCAUCCGAAGCUUGCGGACUUUGCCAACUGCAUGAAGAAGAAGGGACGCGGAAUGACCAUCUUCGCCACCAUCCUUGAGGGCCGCUUCAGGGACCGAGCAGAGGACGCACGAUCAGCAUCGCACCUGCUGCUGAGCUACAUUGACUACAAGCGCUGCGAGGGAGUGGCCGAGGCCAUCGUGGCUGACUCGCUCAACGAGGGCUUCCGCAUCGCCGUGCAGACCAUGGGGCUGGCGAACCUCAAGCCCAACAUCGUGUGCAUGCGCUAUCCUGAGAUCUGGCGUGAAGACAUCCAGAGGGAUAUCCCCGGCACGUUUGUGAACAUAAUCAACGACUGCAACACGGCGAACAAGGCGUGUGUGAUUGUGAAGGGGCUGGACGAGUGGCCGGGCGAGUACCAGAAGCAGUACGGCACCAUCGACCUCUACUGGAUCGUGCGCGAUGGAGGUAUCAUGCUGCUGCUGUCCCAGCUGCUGCGGGCGAAAGAGAGUUUUGAGAACUGCAAGAUUCAGGUGUUCUGCAUUGCAGAGGAGGACACGGGAGCGGAGAACCUGAAGCUGGACGUGAGCAAGUUCCUGUACGACCUGCGCAUGCAGGCAGACGUCAUCGUCGUCACCAUGAAGGCCUGGGAGGAUGUGGUGUCGGAUGCUGAGGGGGCAGAGGCUGAGCUCGCCCGGCAAGGCGCCAUGGAGGCUUUCACCCGGGCGCGGCGCAACAUUGCCAAGAGAAUGAGCGAGGAUCCCGAGGCUGAGACACACCACUCGCUGUUGGACGAGAGCAAGGUGAAUAAGUUCCUCUACACCACAAUCAAGCUCAACUCCAUUAUACUGCGGUACUCGCGCAUGGCUGCUGUGGUGCUCGUCAGUCUCCCGCCGCCCCCCCAGAACCAUCCCCCUUAUUGCUACAUGGAGUACAUGGACUUGCUUGUCAACAACAUUCCGCGCUUGCUUAUGGUCCGUGAGGACUGGCGAGAUGAAGACGUACUUAAGGACCGAGUUUCAUGGUUUGCAGACGAUGCCGAAGCACGAGUGCCGCAUUCGCCGCCCGGUGAUCAUGGCAGUCAGCCGAUGGCAAGCACGAAUCAUCGAACCGCGCUUGCUGCUCCUCCGUCUGCCAUGGAUUGUCGCAACUAUGACGCUUCGGCUUACGCCGAGCGCGUUUUGCGUGAGCGAAAGCUAGCCGGGAGCGUGAUCUACGCGGCGCUGCUCGUUCCGGUUGACCACGUCAGCGUGCCAGUUGGGGAGCUAGUGGACGAACCAUGGCCGUCCACGUCAGCAGCGCCGCGGUUCGUCGCAUGCGCUUCGUGCAGCGGUCGCGUAUCCGUUCACUCCCUGGCGUCGUUAGUCGCCUCGCAGUUACCUUCAACUUUUACCCCCGUCUCCCCACUUCCCGCCUCCCCUGUCCCCGCGCACGGCCAGCGCGGCGGCGGGUCUUGGGGGGAGGCGGGGGAGGGGGCGCGGCGGUUGGGGGAGGCGCAGCCCGCAGCAGCGGUGCAGGCGCACAGGGGGGCGGCGUUUGGGCUCAAAUCGUGCGCCAUGGGCGGGCAGCCGCUGCUGUUCAGUUGUGGCGACGACGGGCGCAUUGCAGGCUGGCGGUGGGGAGACCUCCUCUCAUCCACUCCUGCUCAAGCCCCCCAGGUGGCCCCGUGCGUUGACCUGGUCAACCCCCCCACCACGUGGGCUGCUGCAAGGGGCGUGGCAGUGGUGCCGGAGACAAACGCCAUCGAUGUAGACGAGCAGAGAAACACCAUCUACAGUGCAGCAGGCAACGGGUGUGCGUACGCAUGGGAUGUGGAGAGUCAAAAGCAGGUCGCAGAGUUCAGGGGCCACUCAGACUACCUGCACUGUGUGGUGGCACGGCCGCAGCACAACCAGAUCGUGACAGGGUCAGAGGAUGGCACGUGCCGAGUAUGGGAUUGCCGCACAGCCACCGCAGUUUUGUGUCUCAACCCCUUUACUGCGCGCCAAGCACCCCUCUCUCCUUCAUCCUCUUCCUCCCCCUCCUCGCCGUGGGUCAGCAGUGUGGCAGUUGAUUCCACGGCACCAUGGUUGUUGUGUGGAACGGGCGGCGGCACGGCAUCUCUUUUUUCCCUGCAGGCGCCUGCCUCUGCGUUGCUGCACGUGUCUCUGGGCUCACCAGUGCAUGCCGUGGCCAUGGAGAGAGACGCAGAUGAGAUUCUUGUGGCGGGGGCCAGCACUGUGUUGACUCGGUUGACUUUUGCCGGCCAGCUCAAGUCACAAACUGCCACGGCCACGCCAUCCAUCUACUCCCUCCAUUCACAUGCGCCGUCCCAGCUUGUGGCAGUGGCGGGGAGAGGAGGGACGGUCGAUAUAAUCACCAGCAUUGGCAGUCACCUGGCCACAUUUCAGUGUGCCUGA